UCUUAAAAGAGCAGGUCAAUCAUCAGCCGUUGCAAUGCGUCUCGAUGGAACCUCGCUCUAAAUACCUAUACAUGUACGUAGGUCGGCUUAGAAAAGGUACCGAUUAUAUACCAAUGUGGCCUCGGACAGGUAUGUCGGUAAGCAGCCAUAAGUACCUAGGUUAGGUACUUACAUACCUACUUACCUUGAACUUACACGCUCACAUAUGCCUCUUACGGUCCUGCUCAUGAACAUUCUAUCUCCUAAGCGCUCACGCGAUCAGGCUUCUAAAGCGCGCCUAUUCGCUACAGUUCAGCCCUUGAAGCCUAGAUUGCAGGAUAAAGUAUCUUAUAUUGCCAAUAUGGCUCGAGAUGGUCGUCAAUCUUAUGCCGGCACAUUGGGUGCUUCCUAUCCCGGCUAAUCAUGUUCAGGGGAUGGCAUCUUCAUACAAUAUUUAUAACGUCUUGAUAAUGACAUCUUGGCAUUAUCCAUACGAUACGCCUAGCGAUCUCCAAUCCCACUAUAUCGAGUCAGGUGUCGUAUUCGCGUGCUAGCCGUGUAACCCAAGUUCCAGAAACAUCUCUUGGGAAGCGCCGGCGGAUCGACGUAGGCGCUUGCAUACAACAUCGGGGUCCUUUAAUAUCAAGCAGUUUGUCAAUGGAUUCUUGGGCUCUUGGUCGUUCUUGGAGUUGCUUGAAGCUUUGACCGAGUGCCGUUCUAGCCAUAUAACUCGCCAUGGUGUCUUGGACUCUGGUAAGAAUUAGCCUUGGGCUAGCACUGUUGGCAAAGGGGUGGACACAGACAAUUGUCGUGAACAAUCAGGUUAUUUUGGCCGAUGCGUCUAGUGUUGCGCCUGCUUUCGCUUUCUUCAAUGCCUCGUCUUCUAAUGCGACUGCGGAUCUCUUCCCUGGAGAGACCAAGCAACUCACUCAUGAUGUCUUGGCGAAUCUCACCAAGCUGAGCCUGACCAACUCGGUUCUCUUCAGGUUUCCAGACCCUAAGGCUCCGAUUCGAACGCCCGAGGACUGCAAAAACUUCCCCGGGGACUCUGCCAUGUUCCCAGGGACCGUCACAACUACUGUGUUCAACCUGUUGCUAGGCGGCUCUCUCAUACAUACUAGGCCAUUCGCUUCUCCUUGUUUCCCGGACUUUCAGAAUCAGAAUAGCACAACAUGUGCUGAAAUCACUUCGAAUUGGUUUAAUAACUCUUAUAUCCACACAGAUGAUCCUACCUCUAUCAAUGCGAUAUUGUUUCAGGGCACAACUUGUGUUCCCAGCGUAGUCAAUCCAUGGGCUACACACUGUUCUCUCGGAUCAUACCCGACAUUAUCCGUCAAUGUUAGUACUGUUGCUCAGGUUCAGUUGGCGAUCAAUCUGGCCAGGAACCUGAAUAUCCGGCUCGUCAUCAAGAAUACGGGCCAUGAUUUCUCAGCAAAGUCAACCGGUGCUGGAUCUUUGUCACUCUGGACUCAUAAUUUGAAAGACAUUCGAUUUUAUGACUCUUAUCAAGAGGGAUCUUAUAAAGGUCCGGCGUUUAAGAUGGGAUCAGGUGUUCAGGUUUUCGAAGCUUACAGAGCUGCUCGUGAGAAAAAUGUCACUAUUGUCGGUGGUGAAGGAAGAACAGUUGGCAUUACUGGAGGCUAUAUCCUAGGUGGUGGACACUCCCCUCUGUCAAGCAUCUACGGCAUGGGUUCGGAUCAAGUUCUUUCUAUGGAGGUUGUCACUGCAGACGGCCAGUUCUUAACCGCUAGCGAGACUUCAAAUCCAGAGCUGUUCUGGGCUCUUCGCGGGGGCGGAGGAUCGACGUUCGGAGUUGUAACCUCUAUGGUUAUCAAGGCAUUCCCUAAGAUACCAGUUACUACACUGACUUUCGUCCUAUCUACGGGAACGGAUGUACUAGUGGAUCAAUUCUGGCAGACUUUGCGGGCGUACUUCCAAGACUUCAUCAAGUAUACUGACGCAGGGAUGUAUUCAUAUUUCUCUCUCAAUGCCCUGAGUGGGAACUAUGUGUGGACCAUGCAGCCAUGGUUCGGACCAAACCUGACAAAGACCCAGUUUGAAGAGAUCACAGCGCCAUUCUGGAAUGCUACGCGCAUUAUAGGCGUCGACUUGAAACCGGUGUACAAGGAGUAUGACGAUUUCUACGAGGCAUGGGAUGAAAGCUUCCCCCUCGAGUCAUGGGGCACGAACCUACAACGCCCGGGGAGUCGGUUAUUCCCUAGGGAAAAUUGGGAAAAUCAAACCAAACUCUCCGAAACUUUUGAAGCAAUCCGUUAUGUUGUUGAUAGUGGCGGCUAUGUGCUCGGUUUCAAUGUUGCCCCAAAUCCCAAGGGAGGAUACCCGGAUAGUGCAGUCAACCCCGCAUGGAGGAAAGCGGUUUUGCAUGCGGUUGAUGCUGUGACGUGGACUCAAGACAUGUACCCGGAGCAGAUCCAGUUCUGGAGCAGUAUUCUCACCUACGACUGGAGCCCUCUCUGGCGAUACGUCAGUCCGGGUUCUGGCGCUUACCUGUCCGAGUCCGAUUAUAUCGAGCCUGAUUUCCAGCAUUCGUUCUGGGGCGACAAGUAUGAACGCUUAUACCAACUGAAGAAAAAGCUCGACCCUUGGGAUGUCUUUUACGCACAGAACGCAGUGGGGUCUGAAGACUUUCAGAUGUCGGAAAACGUGUUUGGAAUUUUGCCGUCGCAGAACAGUAGAUUGUGUCGUAGGAAACCAGGUCCGGUAAAGCAAUGAAGGGCUGUGAAUAAUUUGGAGGACAUUACUCGGAUGUUCUUGUGCUGCUAUUCUCUAGUGACGUCUCUACUUACGGUCUAGCAAUGCACCGGACUUCCAGCGCAGCUAUAUUCAUUCUGUCAUUUUUAUAUGGAUCAUGACCUGAGUGCGAACAGACCCUUGCAUUUUAAGAUGCUUACGAGCGUUGACGACGAGUAGGAUGGGAGGUAAAGAAAGGGUAUGAUUAAUCCGAGACCCGUCUAGAGAUACCUACCGUGAUAUGCAUAUAUGGGCUAGGUCAAUGUGCCCAGUUGAGCCCAGUCUACAUCCAUAUACCCGU